AUGCACCACGAAUCAGCGCUCGACCCAACCACCUGCCCAGAGGGUGGGCUCAUUGGUAACCUCGUUGUAGCAGGCAGCUUCAGCGCUAUCAUGGGUGGACUCGGCCUAAUGAACAGCAUCGGCAUCUAUCAAGCUUGGAUCUCAACACAUCAACUCUCAGACAUCAGCGAAGGGCAAAUUGGCUGGAUCUUCGGAAUAUACAACUUCCUUGUAUUCUUCUGCGGGAUCCAGAUCGGGCCUAUUUUCGAUAUCAAAGGGCCGCGGUUGCUCAUGUGGAUCGGGUCAGGUCUACUCGUAUUGACCUUCAUCCUCAUGGGCUUUUGUCAGGAGUACUGGCACUUCCUCAUUGUGAUUGGCAUUCUGGGGGGAAUGGGUACAUCUUUCAUAUUCAUUGUGCCCGUCGCCAGCAUUGGACAUUUCUUCAUCAAACGCCGAGGCGCAGCAACAGGUCUCGCAUUGGCCGGGGGUAGUAUCGGCGGCGUGAUCUUCCCUUUGGUAUUGCUGUACCUUGCGCCACAGAUUGGAUUCGCCUGGGCUAGCCGGGUCGUCGGCCUGAUCACAUUGAUCCUUUUGAUCCCAGGCUGCCUUCUAGUCCGAGCGAACUUCCCUCCCAAAGUCCCGUCACAUCCGUCGCUUAAGGUAUUUCUUCCCGAUCUUACCAUUCUGAAAGACCCCGUCCUCGCUCUGACGACAAUGGGGGUAUUCUUCAUUGAAUGGGGCUUCUUUAUUCCACUCGAGUACAUUGCCUCGUAUUCAAUCGCGAGUGGGAUCUCUCCAGAUCUAUCGUAUUUGAUGGUCGUCUUUUUGAACGCCGGUUCUUUCCCCGGUCGUUGGUUGCCGGGCAUCAUUGCUGAUCGCAUUGGUCGGUUCAACACAUUGAUCCUGACAAACAUUCUUUGUUUGAUUUCUGUCCUUGGUAUUUGGAUGCCCGCUGACGGAAAUCUUGCUGCUACGGUGAUAUUCUCUAUUGUAUUUGGAUUCGCCAGUGGGAGCAAUAUCAGCCUUGUGCCAGUCUGUGUGGGAGAGCUGUGUCCCGUCGAGAAUUAUGGGAGGUAUUACACCACUGUGUAUACUAUUGUUGCUUUUGGAGCAUUGACUGGUGUCCCGAUUGCUGGAGAAAUCAUUCAUGUCUGUAAGGGACAGUACUGGGGACUGAUUGCAUUUGCUGGAUGCGCAUACGCAGCCGGAUUGAGCUGUUUUAUUGCUGUAAAAUGGCUACAAAUCAAAAGAGGCAAAUCGAUGGGAAAAGUUGAGGCACCGAGUGUUUAG